AUGAGCCCGAGGCACACCCUUCCAGCUGAAAGGAAGCACCCAGGUCCUUUAGAGGAUCCGAGGGCCGUCACCGAGGCCGCUCCGGUAGCAUCUGAGUCCCCUUCUCCCAUCAACGUUCAUCAAGUUGUCACGCGUUCCGCGCCAUUCCGCUCUCAGUCUCCAUCUAGCAGUCAUUCAUGCCCUCAGAUGAACCUGUUUCUUGUGCCUGAUCUGGGGAGAGUAGAGAACGCAGGAAGCACACGCAAAGAAGAGGAAACGUCCCCGUUUGUUUUACCACCGCAAACGCAGGCCAUUGCGUCUGGUAGCGGAAAGGUGGAGAAAGAACCGCACGCACCGGAGGCCAGCCCUGCUCUGAGCCGGACUGGGUCAGUUCAACAGACCAGUGGAUACUCUUGGGCACCGUCUUCUGUCAGCAGUGGUGAAGUCGUGGAAUUCAGCAGAUCUGAGACAAAACGAUGUUCAGCGGCGGAUGUCGAUAAUGACGGAGAUGUGUAUCUCGCUUAUGUACCAGUUAAGGUGUGCAGACACGGCAGUGACGCUGAGGGAGUGGCGCACACUCUCUCAGGACAACAACCCGGCGACGUCGCUCAGCAGCUCGAAGACGACGUCAGCCAUUCUGUCACGGUAAUUGACGGAAUCGAUAAGCGACCAACGAGGGAAAAGUUGGCUCUGAAUCGGGAGAAGGAUUCUUCCGGACUUUUCGCAGAUCGUUUGCUGCCCGCGAAUCACCCGCCGCCAUUGCUUCAAGAGGCGGCCACGACGGCGUCACCACCGGCCGACACAGACAGAGGGAUGGCGAUGAAUGGCAGUUGUGGUUUUGUUAUCAAGGCACCGCAAGGUGCGAUGACGAAGAUGGACUCCGUCAUAUCAAUGGCAACAUCUUCCGACGAGGACGAUCGAGCGACCCCCGACAUCGACCUGGUCGCCCUAGCCGAACGGGUGGGGGCAUCGCCUGCACAGGCGAAAGCAAAAUUAGCAAGUGCGUUGCAGAACUCGCACAAGCCGAAGCAUGGUUCAGCGGGAGUUGGAGUUGCAUUUGCAGCGGAGCCUGAGAUAUCGACUUUUAACAAGCCUUCGUACCCGACAAGCAGCACUGACGCGCCUGUCCCCGGCGAAUGGAGACGGAGAAGCUCGGCGCUGGCAUUCGAAGCAAGAAGAGUGCUCUCCGAACCAGAAAACUCGUUGUCUCCCCCGCGCGAUCCAACACGGAAACCUUCCCCUCCCCGCACCCCAGGAAAAAUACGGUCUUUGUCUCUCUCUGUCAGCAAGGACGUGCAACGCCAGCUCCUCAAGCAGCAGCAGGAAGAUGAAGAGGAAGAGGCCAGCGAAGAAUCGAAGAAAGCGAUGAAGAGGCAGCAGUGGCGAAGACGAACCACCGUUUCUCAUUUGACGAUCCCUAAUGCCGAAGGGGGACUUCAAGAGAACGAAGGAGCUGCUCGGCUGACCCAACCCCAGCACAGCAUCAAGGAGGGCGAUGCUGCAGAUGCCAUUGGGAUACGUAGUUCGACGACAAGAGAAGCAAAUCCAGGAGGGUGGAAGCGUCGCGGCUCAGCAUUGGCGGAGAAAGCCGUGUUUCAGCAAGGGACACUGCCGACUUUUGAUUCCAGUCCUCCACCUGCAACGCCUGGCCGAACCCGCACGUUAUCGUUGUUCAUCCCGUCCGACGUGAAGCGGACUUCAGAGGAACAGCAUCUGCGUGACGAAAAGCAAGAGGAAGUCUUCACACAGUUACAAGCGCAACAGAAGGAGAUUCAGCGACAGCUGGAGCAGCAAGCGGAGCAGUAUCGUCAACAGAUGCAACAGCAGCAGGAUUUAUUGGAAGCGAUUCUCAGACAGCAACGGCAACUUGGAGAGAAAGAGAAACACAUCGAGGAACAGCGGCAGGAACUGGAAAGAAGGCAGCGGGAAGAGGAGGUUGACGACAAUACUUCUCCGCAGUCAAAAAGCAUCGUCUCCCCUGCUGCCACGAGGCAUACACUGACAGGUGCACAGCGACAACAGCUUCACGAGCACCUGAAGCAGUUAGAGUAUCUCCAUCAAAACAGGCCCCGCGCGUCCAAGUCUGUUCCCAGCCUUGAGAAGGAUGGCAAAGAGGAAGGAGGGUCACCAGAGCACAGAACGCCAGAGAAAGUUGGAAGUGAAGAGACCAAAUCUGGAAGGGGGCGAAGCUCGGUGGCAGGCAAGACCACUAACCAGUUUUCAAUCCUCGAUCGCGUGCACAGGUACCUGAUGGAGCCGAACGUUCUACUGCUGGACGUGCGGUCUCCACAAGAGUUCGCUGCAGAGAGAGUGGCCGGGAGCAUCAAUGUGCCGAGUGAUCAAUUCUUGUCGUGUCUUCACUUGCUGCCAAGAAACAAGGAGACUCCGCUCUUGGUCUACUGCAGUGACGGCAGCAGGGCAAAACAGGCCGCGAGCGCUCUUCGGAAACUUGGCCACGUGAACGUGUGCGACGCCGUGAGCGUUAAGAUCGUCAAGCAUUCUCUCGAUGGAGCGGUUCUGCGGCAAGCAUCAUCAUCUGCAAUUGGGAAGGCACUGCGGCGGCAGCUUCUAGCAGUUUCCAGCGCAGUAGGCUUGGCGCUUGCCGAGUGUCUGUCCGACCCCCACUGGAUGGAAACAUUCGUCAAGAAGGUCCUUGCGCAUCUCUGA